UCUGCACGGAGCCGGAAAGUGCACCAGUCCGUCAUUGCUGCAACUCGACGCAGACAAAGAGAUGUUGGUAUGCUCCACCGGUGAGUUUGAGGUCGGAAAACCUCGUCGGAAAUUAGAAUCGCCUGGAUUUAGCUUUCCCCUUAAUCUAAAAACCCUAAACCUAAAAGCUCGUCAACACUCUCUUUAUCGAAAUGUUUAACUUCUAAGUUUUAUGUUUUAUUCAUUUUUUACCGAAACUACCAUUUAAAUUGUUUCAAAAUUACAUUUGAUACCACCACUAAAAAAAACAUGCAUGGACAAUUUAUUUCAUUUGAUACCACAUCAAUUCUUAGAGAUGAAAAAAUGAUGUUGAACAAAAAUUGGCUAUGACAAAGCUUAAAUGGAAUAGAACUGAAACAUCAAUUGUUUCUGAUGGGUCGACAGACAUUCAAAGGCAUCCACUAAUUAACUUUAUUACUAUUGUUUGUGAUGAGCCAGUAUUUUUGAAGAUAGUUGAUGCAUCCGGGGAGCACAAAGAUGUUGAAUAUUUGAAGCGGUUAGUUAUAGAAGUCAUCAAAGAGGUUGGUCCUGAUAAGGUAGUGCAUAUAAUCACAGAUAAUGUUGUUGUCUGUAAGAGUGCUGGCUCAAGUUUCAUGAGUGAGUUUCCUCAUGUCUUUUGGACUCCAUGUGUUGCACAUACCCCAAAUUUGGCAUUGAAGGACAAUAUGCACUCCACCAACUGAAGAACAAGAUCCUCGAGGACAUGAACUAUUUUCAUGGAUUCAACACAUGGAAAAAGAUGCAAAGAAUAUCAGAAAUUUCAAGUCGAUCACCAACAUGCAUUAUCACUCUUUGGUAGUUAUUCUGAUAUGAAAUUAUUGAAAGUUGCGGAGACACAGUUUGCUUCCACCAUCGUCAUGUUGAAAAGGUUUCAACGAGUAAAGGAAGUAUUAGUUCAUAUGGUGGCGACAAAGAUUGAAAUUUCUAUCGUGCUGAAGAUGAGGUUAAAACUCAAGCAAUCAAGAACAUUAUUGUGGAUGAUAAAUGGUGGGAUAGGUUGACAUAUUUUUUGGAGUUUACAAAACCAAUUUGGUGUAUGCUGAAGGAAGUGGAUAAGGAUGAGCCUAUGCUUCGUAAGGUUUACGAAAUAUGGAUAAUAUGAUUGAGCAAAUUCAGUCUAUAGUCUUCAAACGCGAAAAAAAAUGUAUUGUACUUGGUAAUUUAGAUUUUUUUAUCGCAUUCAUUCAAUACUAGUAGAAAGAUGGGAAAAGAGCAAUACUUCCCUACACUGCAUGGCUCAUUCUUUAAAUCCUAAAGAUUAUUCAAAAAGAUGGCUAGAAGGAGCUCCUGGACGUGUCCCUCCAAAUCAAGAUCACGAGAUAUCGAAGAAUAGAAUAUCAUGCAUGGAGAGACUUUAUUCGGAUCCCUAUGUUAAAAAACAAGCUAGUUAUGAAUAUUCAAAGUUCAAUGCAGGAAGAUUUGAAUCCAGAGAUGUAGAGAUAGAAAGAGAAGAUGAAGAAUUAAGUCAUUAAGUCCUUUUGAUCAGUGUUGUACGUAUCGUACGAUACGACCCCGUAUCGUUUUAAAAAAACGGUACGAUACACCCCCCGUAUCGUAAAUAGGGGUGUAUCAUUCCUGUAUCGCACGUAUCGUGCGAUACAGGGUCCGUAUCGUACGAUACGGGGCGAUACACCCUGUAUCGUACGAUAUGGGCUGAUUUCGCAAAAGAGGGCCCGAGACCUACUUAUUCGGCUUCUUUUUGAAAAAAAUCCUCCAUUCUUCAUUUCUCAAGCUCGGAUACUGCCGUCAGGGAGGGCGAUCGUCCAUUUUCACCAUCAAAAAGUUGAUUUUCACCGUAAAAUCGAAGAUUAAGUGGUCGAUUUGUGCGUGGGUGGUUGAUUUUCGUUGGGAGGAAAGGGGUUUUCUUCAUUUCUUAUUCGUAAGGUAUGAAAUCUCAUGUUUUUACCAUGUAUUCAUAAUUUUUUACCAUAUAAUCGUAGAUUGAAAGAUUUUGAGUGUUUUUCAUUAAGUUUACCAUAGGAUUUCUUUUUUUUUUUUUUUGAAGAUAUGGAUCUCACAUGGCAAUGGUGCGAAAGGGUGAAGGAGAAUAACCGCUUGAAACUCAAAUGUAGCUUCUGUGGGAAUACAUUUUCAGGAGGGAUUAGUAGAAUGAAAUACCAUUUAGCAGGGACCUCCAAAGGUGCGUCUCAUUAUGUUGGAGGACCAAACAAACCUUUGCCUCCAUAUGUGCGUCAGCAAUGUUUGGAUAUGCUUCAUGCUUUACAUCAAAAAAGGAUACAGAAAGAAAUUGAAGAGGCAGAUGUAGGCUAUAAUGAGCCUUUGGAAGAUGAAGAAGAAGAGGAAGAAGUUUAUGAAUGUGAUGAUGAAGAUGAUAGCAUUCUAAGAAUAGAUUUGGGGACCUCAAGAGGUAGAGAUUGUAGAGGAAAAUGGAUCAUGUAUGAAGGAGGUCGAUCUGGCGUAACGGGAAGGAAGAGAAGAGGCACAGCAGAUAGGGCCAGGCGUGGUAUGCAACCACCUAAUGGUAGAGUUCCUACAGGUAGGUCUAGUUUUGGCUCUAUUAAGAGCUUUUUUCCUUCAUAUACUAGCCUAGGUGGUCAGCCACAGAUUCGUGUUGCUAUGACAUCUAAAGAUAUGUUAUAUCAAGCACAAAAGAUGGUAAGAAAAUGGUUUUAUGAUGCAUGUAUUCCAUUUAAUACAGCUAAUUCUUUUCAAUUCCAAGUCAUGGCAGAUGUAAUUGCUUCUAUAGGCCCCGGAUUCAAAAUGCAAUCAUAUCAUCAGUUGAGGGGUAAAAUUCUUCAAGAUACAGUGAAAGAAGUGUCUGAACAUUGCAAUCAAUUGAAAUUAUCUUGGAAGGAAACAGGUUGCUCCAUUAUGUCAGAUGGAUGGACUGAUACAAGGUCAAGAACACUUGUAAAUUUUCUUGUUUAUUGUCCUAAAGGUACAAUGUUCUUGAAAUCUCUUGACUUGUCUGAUGUUCCUAAGACUGCUGAGAUUUUGUUCAAUGUUUUUGAUAAUGUCAUACAAGAAGUUGGACCUACAAACAUUGUACAGUUUAUUACAGAUAAUGCUGCAAAUUAUAGAGCUACAGGAGAUUUGUUAUUUCAAAAGUAUGGAACAUUCUUUUGGAGUCCAUGUGCCACUCAUUGUGUUAAUCUUAUGCUUCAAGAUCUUAAUGAGAUGCAUGAUAUGAAAUCAGCCAUUGAGCAAUGUCAAGAGGUAACAAAAUUUUAUCUAUAAUCAUGCAUAUGUAUUGAGUUUGAUGAGAAAGUUUACAAAAGGAGUUGAAUUGAUACGACCUGCACAAACUAGAUUUGCCACAAAUGUAUUGACUGUGCAGAGUGUGGUGAAACAAAGAACUCCUUUGAGGCAGAUGUUCGCUAGUGAAGAAUGGGUUGCAUAUCCACAUGCUCAUAAAAGAAAUGCUUCUUUAGCCAGGACAACCAUGCGUCUAGGUAAAUACAUAGAAAUGUUUAAUUUACUUUGCAUUGUUACAUUUGAUUCUUUUAGAACUUUCACAUUGAUUUGUUAUAACGUUAUAUUUUUGUUUACAUUUGUGGUGGAAUAGGUAUGGGUUUGAUUGUCCAAACCUAGCACGUUUUGCAAUCAAAGUCCUCAGCCAGACAUGCAGUGCUAGUGGAUGCGAAAAGAACUGGAGUGUGUUCCAACAUAUCCAUAGCAAAAAAAGGAAUAGGCUCGAACAUAAAAGGUUGAAUGACCUUGUCUUUGUUCGAUAUAAUAUGAGGUUGAAACAAAGAGAAUUACAAAAAACAUCAGCAAGGAAGCACACAUCUCAGUUCGAUCCUAUCAGCUUGGAAAACUUUGACGAUCUGGAGCCAUGGAUUGAGGAAGAACUGGCUACAAUAUUUGAUGAUGAAGAUCUUGAAUGUUUCAACCUUGAAGCUGAAGCAACAGAAGGCUUUGUUGAUGAAGGAGAGUCUGCUAGUGCUACUGCUAGUGCUGAAUAUGUUGGUGAGGAUCUUCCAAUUCUUGACGAUGAAGAUGAAGAAGAAGAUGAAGAUGAAGAUGAUGAAGAUUAUGAAUGAUGAAUCAUUAUAUGUAUUGUUGAACACUUGAAUGUUUUAUCACUUUAUGACUUAUGCUUUGUUGAUUGAAAUUGAAUGAUAUUGUUAUGAAUUUUGAUGUCUAUGAAGUAUGAAUGAUGAACCGUGAACGCGUACGUUUAUAGCAUUUAGCAAUAAUGAGUCUAUCAUUAUCUAAAACAUGUUUUCUACAAAAAAUUUAUUAUUUUUAAUUUUUUCUGAUUUUUUUUUUGAAUUUUCCUCUCUUUUUAAAAUUUUUCUGAUUUAUUAUUAUUAUUUUAAAAAAAUUUACGAUACGGUUACGAUACGGCGUAUCUUAAAGCCCGACCGAUACGCCUUAUGAUACGCGUUUUACAACAUUGCUUUUGAUUGGUGGUCAACAUAUGGAUCAGAAAUGCCAACUCUCCAAAAAUUGGCAUUGAAAUUGCUUAGUCAGCGUGUCACAUUGUCAAGUUGCGAAAGGAAUUGGAGCAUAUAUUCUCAUAUACAUAAUAUUAAAAGGAAUAAACUCACUAGCAAGCAUGUAGAAGACCUUGUUUAUGUGCACUCCAAUUUGCAUCUACUUUCAAGAAAGGAUAAAGAGUAUAGGUAUGAUACAUCUAUGAUUCUAUAUUUGUUUAUGUUAUUUUGUUAAUUUAAUAUUUCAACUCUUUAAUCUUCUUAUAAUUAAAUGCAGUCGUGGAUCAUCUCAAUAUUGGGAUGUGGAUGCAGAAGAAUUCGAUUUUGACGGAGAGUGCAACUUACAAACUGCUAAUCUAGAUUUAGCUGAUCUGUUAUUCCUUCUGAUGAUUUUGCUGAUAACAUUGAUUUUAGUGAAAGGACUGAAGAUAAUCAAGAAAUCGAUGGAGGAAAAUUAGAAUAUAAGAUUAAUACAAGAAUGAUGAAUUUCAUUUUAUUUUUUUUAAUUGUUGAAUCAAUUGAUGGAACAAUCCUUAAAACUGUAAUGAUCUAAUCCUUCUUGAUUUGUAGUGGUUAUUUGUUAAUUUUUAUUUAAAUUUUUCUGAUAUAAUAUAUAAUAUAAUAAUGUCUCGCCGCACCUGCACUGAAGUUUUUUUGGACCUUGCCGCAUCCUGCAACCCACACCCAUGUGACAUAGCUCUUCGGAUCUGAACCACUCCACCAUCAUCAAUGACUAAGGUAAAACAACUUCGACUUCAUCAUACAAUCAAUGGAACUGAUCAGCGAUGCAUGAGAUUAAGUCGUGAUAAGAUCCCUGAUCUAUGCCACGGUGAACUUUAACGCCCAACAAAACAACACCAAUGAUGUUGGCAGAAAAAGAAGACAAGUAGAAGGGACCGACCAACCUGUAGCGUCAAGCUCACUUAGGGCGAAACUGGCUCUAAUACCAUGUUACACUCGUU